AUGCCCUCCUACACAAAAUUUCUAAAGGAAAUCCUUUCAAAGGAAAGGAGAUUGGAGGACUAUGAGACAAUUGCUCUAACUGAAAAAUGUAGUGCCAUCCUACAAAACAAGUUACCUCCUAAAUUGAAAGAUCCUGGAAGCUUCUCCAUACUAUGCUUGAUAGGCAACAUGAACAUUGACAAAGCCCUCUAUGACCUUAGAGCCAGUGUGAGCCUAAUGCCCUUGUCUAUAUGUCAGAAACUGAAUGUGGGGGAACUAAGACCCACUACUAUUUCCUUGCAACUAAUGGAUAGAUCUGUUAAGUACCCAGUUGACAUCCUAGAAAACAUCCCCAUCAAAGUGGGAAAAUUUUUUAUUCCAGCAGAUUUUAUUGUCCUGGAGAUGGAAGAAGAUAUCCAAAUUCUUAUUAUCUUGGGAAGACCCUUCUUGGCAACUACUGAUGCAAUCAUAGAUGUCAAAAUGGGAGUCUAA